UGACCAUUUAUAUUGUGAAACAAUGGCAAAUUUGUUCAAAACUUAUAACUAAAAUAGGAAAGAAACUAAAUGUAAAGAAUAAAAAGGAACAUCCUAAAUGAAAACGUCAAAAACAAAUGGAAGCGAAGGGUGUAUAAAAAUAUAACAAUAUAAGCACAUGUAUAUUAGUAAUAUAUACAAGUCCAAAACUAUCAACAUCUUUUAUCCAAAAAUAAACCGACCCAAAUUCCAACUUGUAUAAAGACAAUAAUUUAAUCGACUCAAAAUUGAAAUAAAUCCAACUUAAUCUAAAUCAAUGAUAAUAACCCGUUGUCUCAAAAAAAAAAAAAAAUUGAUAGUAACCCGAAUUGACACCUCGUGUCCAAAAUUUUCAACUACGACCAGCCCCAGUGCCCCACCCGUUAGAGGUUUGAUUAGAAAAACAAGAAGAGAAGGCGUUUUGUUCAAAUUUCAAAAUCCCCCAAAAAAGCAAAGAAACCCGACGUCAUUUUGCACUACUAUACAUACUACUGCAUCUUCUCACACUCCAUCCACUGUUUAGAGAGAGAAACAGAAAACACAAACAUGGAAAACUCAGCAAAAGGGAAGGAAGUUCGAGGAAUUCCUACUUAUGGCGGAACUUACAUUUUGUACAAUAUCUUCGGUAGCCUUUUCGAGGUCGCUUCUAAGUAUGCUCCUCCUAUUCAACCCGUCGGUCGCGGUGCUUAUGGCAUUGUUUGCUGUGCACGAAAUUCAGAGACAAAUGAAGAUGUCGCUAUUAAGAAAAUUGCAGAUGCAUUUAACAAUAGAAUAGACGCUAAAAGGACUCUGCGGGAAAUCAAACUGCUAUGUCACAUGGACCAUGAUAAUGUUAUCAAGAUAAAGGAUAUUAUACGACCACCUGUAAGAGAAAAGUUUGAUGAUGUCUAUAUUGUUUAUGAAUUACUGGAUACUGAUCUUCAUCAAAUUAUCCGCUCCAACCAGGAACUCACAGAAGAUCAUUGCCAGUACUUCUUAUAUCAAAUAUUACGUGGGCUAAAAUAUAUACACUCAGCAAAUGUUCUGCACCGUGAUCUGAAACCAAGCAAUUUGCUUCUAAAUGCUAAUUGUGAUCUCAAAAUAUGUGACUUUGGGCUCGCAAGAACUACUGCAGAGACAGAUUUUAUGACAGAAUAUGUUGUGACUAGAUGGUAUCGAGCUCCCGAGUUGUUGCUUAAUUGUUCAGAGUAUACUGCAGCGAUUGAUAUGUGGUCAGUUGGUUGCAUCAUGAUGGAGAUCAUUAAGAAGGAACCUCUUUUUCCUGGAAAAGACUACUUGCAGCAGUUACAGCUCAUAAAUGAGCUGCUAGGCUCUCCUGAAGAUUCUGACCUUGGAUUUUUGAGAAGUGAAAAUGCUAAAAAGUACAUUAAACAGCUGCCACAUGUUCCAAAACAGCCGUUUUCACAUAAAUUUCCAAGUGUGUCUCCUUUGGUGCUUGAUCUUGCUGAAAAGAUGCUUGUAUUUGAUCCCAGCAAACGAAUUACAGUUGACGAAGCAUUGAAUCAUCCAUAUUUAUCGAGCCUUCAUGAAAUCAAUGAGGAGCCUACCUGCCCAAAACCUUUUCAAUUUGAUUUUGAGCAAUCAACAUUGGAUGAAGAAGAUAUAAAGGAGCUUGUAUGGCGGGAGACCCUAAAGUUCAAUCCUGAUAAGAUGAUUGAGUAAGACUCCUGGUUUUUAUACUUGUCUGUGACAAAUUUAAUCAUCUAACUCAGAUGUCUUGUGGAAGAUGUUUGGCUGGUUCAGCUGUGAGUGGAUAUAUGUACUGUAUUGGAUCUACGCUUUGAGGUGACUUGUUAAGGGUUUGAGGAAAUGAGCUUGCGCUUUUAUUUAUUUUCUUUCUCUCCUUCUCUUUGGAAGGUUGUCAUAGAGGCAAGUAAUAUAGUAAUAAACAUUAGGAAUGUAUCCUAUCUCAAGGAUUUGACAGUAAGGGAGUUGGAGUGGUUCUAAUUCCUUUAGCGGUUUUUGUAGCCUUAGAUCACAAUCUCGAAAAGUGAACCAUAACCGAGGUGAACUUAUCGAACCAAUAAUAGGGAUUAGAGAAGCGAAUGGCAAUUCGUCAAAAAGUGUUCCCAGCUCUUAUACGAUGUUAUAUGGUGUGCUUGAAGUUGGUACUAACGUGUAUUAUUCACCUGGAGUGUAUAGAAGAAAGAAAGUGAUAUUGUUUGUAUUCUUUUGUUGCAAUUCAACAUUAUAGAUGAAGCACAAAUGGAAAUUGAUAGUCUGA